CAAGGCUCGCUCGCGGGAUUUCGACGGGACGGGGGAGUGGGGAGGGAGGGCGAGAAAAGCAACGCGCGCGCGAGAGAGAGAGAGCCGGACCAGGCCGUCAGCCGCGUACCGGCCGUGCGGAUGGGCGUGCAGAGGGAGCUGUAGGCCGUUGACCUCCUCGCGCCUGGGCGGGCAGCAGGGAGAUGAGUCCCCGGAAGCAGCAGGGCGGGUGCGGGUGCUGGGCCGCCGUCGCGGGGGGCCUCCGCGGGGCGUGCUUCCGGCCGGCGGCCGCGGCGGCGGGUGCGGACGGCGACGGCUCCGGCGCGGCCAAGGCCAGCCACGUCCACGACGCAGAGAUGAGAUAUCUGAAUGCUAGCAAUCGGGAGCUUGGUGAUCAUUUUCAGAGAAACCAUGAUGGUGAAAAUGGUGCUGAUGCAUCAAUUGAAAAGAAAACACCCCCCAAGCUACUUCAGUUUACCUUUCAGGAGUUGAAAUCUGCCACCCUUAACUUCAGGCCAGACAGUAUUCUUGGGGAGGGUGGGUUUGGUUACGUCUUCAAGGGAUGGAUUGAACCAAACAGCACUGCUCCUGCAAAACCUGGCACAGGUGUUACUGUGGCAGUUAAAAGUUUGAAGCCAGAUGCUCUUCAAGGUCAUAGAGAAUGGGUGGCAGAAGUUGACUUUCUGGGACAGUUGCAUCAUAAACACCUUGUCAAGCUGAUUGGAUAUUGUAUUGAGGAUGAUCAAAGGUUACUUGUAUAUGAAUUCAUGGCACGAGGAAGUCUUGAAAAUCAUCUAUUCAGAAGGGCUCUUCCCCUACCUUGGCCCAACAGAAUGAAGAUUGCUCUGGGUGCUGCAAAAGGCCUAGCCUUCCUCCAUGGAGGUCCCAAACCAGUUAUUUACAGGGAUUUUAAGACAUCGAAUGUUCUUCUUGAUGCGGAGUACAAUGCGAAAUUGUCUGAUUUCGGUUUAGCAAAAGCUGGUCCUCAGGGUGAUAAAACUCAUGUCUCUACUCGAGUUGUUGGCACCUAUGGUUAUGCUGCACCAGAGUAUGUAAUGACAGGGCACUUGACAUCUAAGAGUGAUGUCUAUAGCUUUGGGGUUGUGCUACUUGAGAUGCUAACAGGCAGAAGAUCCAUGGACAAGAAGCGGCCUACAGGGGAGCAGAACCUGGUGGCAUGGGCAAGGCCUUACCUAAAUGAUCGGCGAAGGCUCUAUCAGCUCGUAGAUCCUCGCUUGGGCCUGAACUACUGUGUGAAAGGGGUGCAGAAAGUUGCUCAGAUCUGCCAUUACUGCCUUAGCCGUGAUAGCAAGUCACGUCCAUCGAUGGAUGAAGUUGUCAAGCAACUCACACCAAUACAAGAUCUAAAUGACAUGGCAUCGGCAUCAUUGAGGCCUCGAUCAACUCAGCGCGGAAAGGUACAUCGAUAACAGCCAGUUCUGUUGUAACAGAAGAGCAGACUGCUGAUUCUUCUGGUUGCCGGAUGCUUGUUUGGUUUAAUUGUAUAGCAAAAUUAGCUUUGAUGUUAACUGCCGAUACCUGGAGGUGUGACAUGCACCCCCCAGAUGUCUCGCUCAGCUCAAUCACACUCUGUUUGGCUGAUUGCCAAAGCGAGAUAACGUUGUAUCUGAUUUCAGCAUGUAAUGAUAAUUAUAAUAAUAAUCAUGGGUAGAAUGGUUGGUGUGCACCCAGUUCAGCAA